AUGGUAUAUGGAGAUUUUGAAAGUUCUUUCAAGUCAUUGUCCCGAUACAUGGCUGCCCUACAAUAUUUCAAUACGGGGACCAUUGUCGAGUGGGAGCACCAAUCAACUACAAUGCAAGGCGAUCACAUCUUCAAGUUUAUUUUCUGGGCUUUUAAACCAAGCAUUGAUGGAUUCAAAAAUUGCAGGCCAGUCAUCUCAAUAGACGGCACUCAUCUCUAUGGUAAGUGUGAGAUGAAACUGUUAAUUGCUAUUGGAAUUGAUGCGAACAAUAACAUUUUUCCAUUUGCAUAUACUGUUGUUGCACGCGAGAGCUUCGAGUCUUGGACGUCGUUCCUUAUGUUGUUGUGGAGACAUGUUGUUUGUGAGAGAAGAGGAAUUGGAAUUAUUUCUCACCGUCAUCAAGGCAUCUUGCAAUGUGUCCAAACACAUGAAUGGUUACAACCACCAUUCACCCACCAUAGGUUUUGUGUUCGGCAUUUGAAAAACAACUUUAAUAAAAAGUUCCUCAACAGUGACCUUGAGAACCUGAUGUGGUUGUCGAAUACAGAACACCAGAAGAAGAAAUACAAAAUGAGGAUGGAACAAAUAAAAAGGUUGUCACCUCCAGCGCAUCUAUGGUUAAAAAAUAUUUCUGAGGAGAAAUGGACAUUGGUUAAAGACGAAGGUCAUAGGUGGGGGGCUAUGACAACUAAUGUCUCCGAGUCUUACAACGGUUUAUUGAAGAAAGCUCGUGGAUUGCCUAUUACUGUCAUGGUCCGUAUGACAUUUAAAAAUCUUGUUGAUCGGUUUAUUGAAAGAAGCUCCCUUGUUGCUUUAUUGAUUGCGGAUAAUAAGCCUUGGCCGCCUGUCAUUAAAAAGAAGUUCGAUGAAUAUUGGGAGAGGGCACGAAAGCACAUUGACAUGCAGCAAUACAAUUCAGCAGCUGGGGUCUUUGAGAUUCAGACAUUUGCACACAAAGAUAGGGGCGUAAAUAUUCAUAAAGUCUCUGCUGAAGGGAAAAAGUGUUCGUAUGGGAUGUGGAGAAACUACCAUUGCCACCAUUAA